GUAUACAUAGCACGGACAUGAACCAAAUUCAUCGACAGUAUCGAAAAGUGGAUGUGACUCGUAGUUCCAAUUCCUGAAAGUGGAUGUGUGGCGCUACUGUACGGCCUAGCAAAAGCGUCCCAAGAAAAUCGCCGUCAUUGCGCCUCUCAUUCUUCUCUUUGGUUAGACAGUUUCGACAGUCUCGUGAAAAAGGCCGGGAAUGCCGGGAUCAAGGAUGGCCUCUCUCAGGCUUCUCUUCGUUUGUUAUUAAAUUUUGGCUGGCGUCCAAGAAUGUGUCCAAGAACUCCAAGAAUAUCCCAGAAGGCCUGAAUAUCCUAGGAUCCUAGCCGAAUCCAGAUCUACAUGGCAGCAGUUCGGUAUACGGAGCAUACAGAGAAAGAAGUGGUUUUUUUGUUCUAUCGGCAAUUCAGCCGGAUUCUGUCCUACGUGCAGGCAUACAUAAAAAUAUUAGAAUAAUAUAGUGUCAGUGAAAUAUUUCCAAGAAAACGAAAUGGAUAAGAUACAGGAUACAUUAAAUACCAGAUUGAUUGUAGCAGGCAAGCAUCAUGAGCUGACAGAUCGAUAUAAGAAACUAAAGACUGAUCAGGAACGUGUAGUAUUUACUCUGAAUGUAAUGCAAGAAUAUGAUAUAGUUCCUACUACAACUGGUAUGCCAAAAAAUGCCAAAGAAUCGGAAAAAUUGCGGGAACAAGGCAAUCAAGUUUUUGUCAAAGGUAUCUUCAAUAAUACGACGUGCAUCGAUGCGCUGAAAUUAUAUACAAAGAGUAUAGCCUUUGCGCCUUAUCCGUCUGAGCAACUUGCUCUUGGUUAUGCCAAUAGAUCAGCAGUGUUGUUUCACGUAGGCUUGUAUUUGGAAUGCAUUCAGGACAUCGACAGAGCCCUAGCCCUAAGUUAUCCUGAUAAUUUAAAAGCUAAGCUUUAUUUGCGUAAGACAGAAUGCUUAAUAAUUUUGAGAAAUUAUUCUGUAGAAGAUAUACUUAAAGAGGCGCAGUAUUGGCUAGAUAAGAUGUCUUCUAAUGAUACAAGUCGAGAAAAAUUAAAAGCAAAGCUUGACAAUUUACGCGAUAAGACUGUACAGACGGAGCUACGUACUAUGAAUACAGAUGCAAAGAUAUCGGAACCUCCUCCUCUCCCUGCUACUCAGUCUCACAAUAAUGAAGUUCCUUGUGCGUCAGAUGCAGUAGCCAUAAAAUAUAAUAAUCGCUACGGCAGACACAUUGUUGCUACUCGUGAUAUUGAUCCAGGGGAAGUGAUUGCUGUAGAAAAACCUUACUCGUUAAUAUUAAUGCAAGAAAAUAUGCAGACGCAUUGCUCAAAUUGUUUAAGAGUAUGUUGGGCGAACGUACCAUGUAACUAUUGCACUUACGCGAUGUAUUGUUCGGAAGAAUGCAGAAUUAUCGAAUGGAAGAAAUGUCAUGAUAUAGAAUGCGCUGUCUUCCCUCCUUUGAUCGAAUAUGCCUUCUAUAAUCUUGAUUUAUUUAGUAUAAGGCUUGCCGUGCUCGCUCUAAGAGAAGCGGGUGGUAUUACGGAAUUGAGGACAAUGCUAAAAGAAGUUGACGAACAUGAUGAUCCACGGACGAAAGGUUUUUCUCGAGAUGGGAAAUUACAUAGCGACAGAUACAUUAGCGUGUAUAGUCUUGUAACGAAUACUGAAAAAAGAUCCGUCUCUGAUCUCUUCAAGAGGUCUUUGGAUACUUGCUUUAUUUUAUACUUUUUAGCGACGCGCACUGUGAUAUUUGGUGCUAAAUUACCAGAGGAUUUAAGCGCAUUGGCGAAAAACAACGACGUUACAUUUUUUGGCGGCCUUAUUUUAAGACAUCAGCAAAUAAUCCCCAGCAAUAUGCACACUUUUGGUGAAACGCAAGGUUUAGACUGUGUAGAACGCGGCAUAGCCGCUAUGCCAUUUUUUAGCUUAUUUAAUCAUAGCUGCGAUCCAAAUAUAUUAAGGCACUCGAGACCUAAGCACAUAGUGAUAUAUGUCAUGUAUCCUAUUCGAAAGGGCGAGCAGUUAUUAGACAAUUAUGGCAAACACUAUGCUAUUACGCCAAGAGCAACGAGACAACAGAAGCUACUAAAACAGUAUUAUUUCACCUGUGAUUGCAUACCUUGCCAGGAAGAUUGGCCUUUAUAUCACGAAUUACAGUCGUGCAAUACUUUAGUGAAGAAACCAGAGGAUAAGGUUAAAAUAAAAAAGGCAUUAAGGAAAUUUAAUAUAUAUGUUGAUUUAGCAACAAAGGGCAAGGUGCAUGAUAAGUCUUACAUAAUUGAAGACUUACUGAAAAUGGUACGAGUACUGCACAAUUGCGCGCCGAUGCCUUGCCAUGAAAUGAGUAACGUUAUCGAGACUUUAAAACGGGUAUAUGACUUGUACGGGAAUAUAUACGAAAUACCACAAGUACGGACACAUAGGAAGUAAAGGGGCUAUAUUUUUUGACUGAUGAAACAACGUUAUUAUUACCAUCCUUAUUCGUGUACGAUUAAUAGCAUUAAGAAGCCCAUAUUACAAAAACUUCUUGAGAGAAAAAAUCAAUACUUUUUACAUAUGACGUACAUAAGAAUUUUUUUCACAAAAAAUAUUUUUUUAAAAAGAUAUAUUAAAA